AAACUAUGCACUUUGGCUCUAAUUUUACGAUGAUUUAAGGGAGAAAAAGGAAACCCUCUUGCAGUUACAAUCCUUUUGUGUCUGUGUGACCUUCUGAUUUCCGGAUAUGGCUUUAUUUUUUUCUAAGUAAAGCUGAGUGAGCGAGUAUAACAAGACAAGCUUUAUAGGUGACCUUGAACAUUGUUGACCAGUUUUCUGUAUAUCUAUUGACGUGUUUGCCCAUGGGCAGCUUUGAAGAGGCGAGGACUUGUAAAUCUGAAAAAUCAUCUUCACCUUCACCUCCACCUCCACCUGCAUCUGAGCAUCAACAAGCCAGUGUUCAAGCAUAUCAUGAUUGGGCCGCCAUGCAGGCUUAUUAUGGCCCCAGAAUGGCCGUACCAGCAUACUACAAUUCAGCUGUUGCAUCUGGCCAUCCCCCUCCAGCUUACAUGUGGGCUCCACCACAGCAUAUGAUUCCACCUUAUGCUGCGAUGUACCCACAUGGAGGUGUUUAUCCACAUCCCGGAGUUCCUCUUCCUAGUCCUAUGAGCAUUGAUUCUCCUGCUAAGUCAUCAGGGAAUUCUGAUCGUGGCUUGAUGAAAAAGCUGAAAGGAUUUGAUGGUUUGGCUAUGUCGAUAGGAAAUGGCAAUGGUGAUAGUGCUGCAGGUGGAAAUGACAAUGAGAUGCAUCACAGCGGGGAGACUGAAGGUUCUAGUGAAGGAAGUGACGGCAAUACAACAGAGGGGCUUCAAAAUAGCGGGAAAAGGAACCAUGAAGAAUCACCUAAUACUCCAGCUAAAGUUAGCAAGACUGAGCCAUUGAGCGGCCAGUUUUUUCUCACAGAACCAGAUGGAGCUUCCAAGAAAGUGACUGCUCUCACUCCAGCCUCUCUAAAGGUCUCAGAUUCCGAGCUUAAGAAUUCUCCCGCUGCAGCUGCUGGGACGACCUCAGCUACUCUUGCAAUGGUGCCAAGCGAAGGACUAUUGCAGAAUGAGAGAGAACUUAAAAGGGAGAGGAGAAAGCAGUCUAACCGAGAAUCUGCCAGGAGGUCUAGAUUGAGGAAACAGGCUGAAGCUGAAGAACUUGCGAUAAAAGUUGAAGCACUCACUAGUGAAAAUUUGAACCUUAAGUCUGAGAUUAACAGGUUGACUGAUAACUCAGAGAAACUGACGCUUCUGAAUGCCAAACUAAUGGAAAAGCUUAAAAAUGCAGAGCACAAACAAGUUUCUGAAGACCCACGAGCCGAACCAAAGGGUUUGUCGCUUAGCACAGCCAACCUUCUCUCUAGAGUUGACAACGGUUCUAGUUCGAGUUCUGUUAAUGGGGAGGGAGAAGUGUAUGAAAGUAACAAUAACCAAAAAUCUGGUGCAAAGUUGCGUCAACUCCUGGAUGCUAGCCCGCGGGCUGAUGCUGUUGCUGCAAACUAAUAAUGAUCUAAAAUAACCCAACCCGCUAUAAGCUUAGUUUUUAAAGCUAAUCUGUAAUGUAGGCGUCAUUUUGAAGCUGCCGUUACUGCUAACAAUAGUAGAUAAUCAAAACUACCUAAAUAGGAUUGUGACUUGGGUGAUAAGAUAAACAGCUGGGGAUUUUUACACUUUCGUCUGGUCGUGCUUUAAAAUUUCUGUGGUGAACCGGAAACGUGUUUUUAGUUUCAGGGUUCGCUUCGAAAUUGGCCACCUGACAGUUUAUCUUUAUGAUUAUUAUUUAAGAGAUGGGGUGAUAGGGAUAUUGAUGAGUGCUGUAGCCAUUACCAUGGAACCUAAAUAAAUGUAUGGUUUGUGUAAUGUAAUAUAUUUUUGAUAUAUUGAAUAGAUGAGACUUCAAAGUUUGAUAUGA